CGGAUAUAAUGAAUGCAGGGUCCGGGGAGACCGGAUAUAGUGAAUGCAGGGUCCUGGGACACCGGAUAUAGUGAAUGCAGGGUCCGGGGAGACCGGAUAUAGUGAAUGCAGGGGUCCGGGGAGAGCGGAUAUAGUGAAUGCAGGGUCCGGGGAGAGCGGAUAUAGUGAAUGCAGGGUCUGGGGAGACCAGAUAUAGUGAAUGUAGGGUCCAGGGAGACCAGAUAUAGUGAAUGCAGGGUCCGGGAAGACCAGAUAUAGUGAAUGCAGGGUCCGGGGGAGACCAGAUAUAGUGAAUGCAGGGUCUGGGGAGAGCUGAUAUAGUGAAUGCAGGGUCCGAGGAGA